GGCGUCACCCAGGUAGCGGGUCUCUAGUAUCAAAGCUCUGUUCUCUCUGGCCACCAAUCUGCUCACUCAUCCCGUGUCCGGCUUCCACGCUGUCCCUGAGCAAGCUGUCAGGUUGCCAGGCGGCACCUCCCUCCUGAAUUUUAUCUCAGACGCGGCUGUUUCCGACUGUCACUUCUGAGGGACUGCAGCUUUCUUCCGCUCAGACCUUCUGCGGGAGGGUCUCACCGAGCAAUGGCUGGUGCCAGCCGCCGCCAGGAACGUUCUCGAGACCGUGCUGCUGCCGAGGCCCAGAGACCGCAGCCGGGUGCCAGCCAGCCCCAGAAAAAGUUCAUGCGGGCGUGUAGCAGCAGCAUUUCGGGGAUUCUGGAAAAUCACAACUCACAUCUGGCGCCAGGCUUCACCCCCCAACGCCUUGUUCCAGCACCAGCGAAUGUGGUUGUUUUCCAGGAUCCGCUGGGACCUUUGCCCUUUGGGAUUCCUCCCAGAAGGGGAACCGCCUCCCGUGUGGCCCGAGGACCUCGCUCGCUCUCUGCGCCUGGGGAUUCGCCCCUCCCAUCAGAGCUCCACCAGGUUGGCUGCCUCAGCGUGGCACAGAGGGUCUUCAUGGCCCCUUCACUCAGGAUGCUGCCACUCAGGUCGAGCUGCCGCAGGCUUGGGUGGGUGCUGAGCACGAAGCAGAGGUCUCCCCACCACUCAUCAGCAAGGCGCCUCGCUGGCUUCCUAUGUUGGAAAAGGAAAGAAACAUUUGCUUCCACGGGAUGGAGUUUAGCGCGAGCAGGUGUCACAACAGGGUCAGAAGAGACCCGUCCAUCACGGUCCUGUUUGUGCUGUGGAUGUAACAGUUGUUGGGCAGAGCUAGAAAUCCUGCGUGUUCAGCAAGAUGAGCUCCUCAGCGAACAUCUAUGUCGACGAUGGUUCCUAUAAUAAGCUUCUGUCCUACCUGAUGGGCCUGGAUCAGCCUCAGCUGGAGGAAUUCAAGAUCUGCCUCCAGUCCUCACAGCUGCUGCUUGGGAACUUCCAGCAGAUACCCUGGGCAAACUUGAAAGCCAUCGAUCCCACUAACCUGUUGUGUCUGUUGAGUGAAUACUUUUCAGAAAGGCAGAUCUGGGAAGUGACCCUCAGCAUCUUUGACAACAUGAACCUGACUUCACAGUGUACAGAAGUUCGAGCGAUGAUGAAUGUCCCAGGCUUACCAGUUGGUCCUGUGGAGAGAGCAUCUUUCACUGGUCAUUUACAGCCUGGGUAUCUCAAUAUCCCACCAUCACUGUUUGUUGCAGAGAUAGCACAGACACAGGGAUCCCAAGAUCCAAGCCAAGAAGAACCAGAGGUGCCAGAAGAAGAAAAAGACCACAGAAGAAGAUACAGAGAGAGAAUGAAGGCUAAAAUACUGACGAUGUGGGACAACAUCCCUUGGCCUGAAGACCAUAUAUACCUGCGUAAUGUGACUGAAAAGGAACAUGAAGGACUGAAGAGCCUCCUGUAUCCUAACAGGACUGGAGCCCAGCCACAGACGAUCGUCUUAGAGGGUCUAGCAGGGGUUGGGAAGACCACCCUGGCAAUGAAGGUUGUGCUGCAUUGGGCAGAGGGCUUUCUCUUUCAUCAGAGAUUCUCCUAUGUUUUCUUUAUCAGCUGCCAUAAAGUUAGAGACAUGAAGGAUACCACAUUAGCUGGCCUGCUUUCCUGGGACUGGCCUGACUCCCAGGCCCCCAUUGAAGCUCUCAUGAGUCGCCCCGAGAGCCUCCUGUUUGUCAUCGAUGGCUUUGAAGAAAUGGACGUGCCCUCCACUUUGGAUGAGAGUCCACCAUGUAAAGACUGGUACCAGCAACUCCCAGUCAACAGAAUCCUGUUCCACUUAUUGAAGAAAGAGUUGGUUCCCCUGGCUACCUUACUGAUCACGACCAAGGAGUAUAGAACCAAUGAUCUUAAAAAGUUGUUACUGAAUCCAUGGUUUGUACAAAUCGUAGGGUUCACAGAAGGAGACCGGGAGGAGUAUUUCAUCAGGUACUUUGGUGACCAAAACAAAGCUAAGAAAAUCUUGCAUUGGGUAAGAAAGAAUGAAUCUCUCUUUCACUUCUGCUCUGCCCCCAUGGUGUGCUGGACCGUCUGUUCCUGCCUGAAGCGGCAAAUGGCGAGAAAUCCUCACUUCCAGCUAAGCACCCAGACCACCACCAGCCUGUACGUCUACUUUUUCUCCAGCUUGCUCGCCACAGCAGAGGUGAGUUUGUCAGACCAGAGCUGGCCAGAUCAAUGGAGAGCCCUGUGCUCUCUGGCUGCAGAGGGGAUGUGGUUUUGGAAAUUCACAUUUGCAAAGAAGGACCUCAAACACAGGCACCUGGAAGCACCUGUCAUUGAUUCUCUCCUCAGGUUGAAUAUUCUUCGAAAGGUCAGCGACUGUGAAGAUUGUGUUACUUUCACUCACCAGAGUUUCCAGGUGUUUUUGGGAGCCAUGUUCUAUGUGCUCAGGGGGGUGAGAGGAUCCAUUGGUGGUCCUCCAAAGCACCAGGAGAUGAGAGUGCUUCUGAACGAUGCUUUGGCUGACACAAACUUCUACUGGAACCAGAUGGCUCUGUUUUUCUUUGGCCUUUUAAAAAGAAACCUCGCAGAAGAACUGGAAGAUACUUUGCGUUGUAAAAUGAGUCAUAGGACAACGGAUGAAUUACUAGAAUGGGCAGAUGAAUUAGAAAGCUAUGACCUCGUCUCCAGCUGUUUUGAAUUCCUACACUUCUUUGAGUGCUUAUACGAGACUCGGGAGGAAAACUUUGUAAGGCAGAUUUUGAGUCAUCUCCUUGAGGCUGACCUCGAUAUCUUUGGGAGUCUACAACUCCAAGUGUCUUCAUUUUGCCUAAAACACUGUCAAAGGCUAAGUAAGCUAAGGCUUUCUGUCAGCAGUGCUAUCCCUCAGACGGAACUGACUUUCAACUUGGAAACUCUGGAGACAAGGCCACAUUCCAAGAUACGUCAGUGGCAGGAUGUUUGCUCCGUGUUUUCCAAUGGGAAUCUGACUGAGCUGGACUUCAGUAACAGCAAGCUUAAUGCUUUUUCAAUGAAGAAACUCUGUUACGAGCUGAGAAAUCCAAGGUGCAAACUCCAAAAACUGACGUGCAAAUCAAUAACUCCUGUGAGGAUUCUGAAGGAACUUGUCCUUGUCCUGUAUGGUAACCACAGGCUGACACACUUGAACUUGAGCUCGAACAACCUGGGAAUUCCCGUGUCCACGAUGAUCUUUAAAACCUUGAGGCACUCAGCCUGCAACAUCCAGUAUCUGUGGUUGGAAUCCUGUGGCCUCACCCCUCUAGCCUGUCGUCAUCUCUUUCUGGAGCUCAGCAAGAACUUGAGUGUGCGCUUCCUCAGCCUGGGGGACAAUGAUCUCUCUGGUGUUGAGGUGAAAAGUCUGCAGGGACCCUCGGAGAUGCCCGAGUCUUCCCUGAAGGAGUUGUCCCUGGAGAAAUGCAACCUGUCAGCAGCCAGCUAUCAGGAUCUAGCUUUGUACCUCACCAGUACCCAGAGAACAAGUCGACUGUGCCUGGGAUUUAAUCCGCUCAGAGACGAGGGUGUGAGGCUCUUGUGUGCUUCCCUGACUCACCACGAGUGUGCCUUAGAGAGACUGGUGCUCUGGUUCUGCCAGCUCGGUAUACCCAGUUGCAAGUACUUGUCAGAUGCUCUCCUCAAGAACAAGAGUUUGACCCAUCUGAACCUGAGGAAGAAUAACCUGAGAGAUGAGGGAGUGAAGUUUCUGUGUAAGGCCCUGAGUCGUCCGGACUGCAGCCUCCAGAACCUGGAUUUGUCAGAUUGUUCUUUCACAGCGGAAGGCUGUCAGGAGCUCGCUAAUGCCCUCCAGCAUAAUUGUAACAUGAAAAUUUUGGAUAUCGGGAGCAAUGACAUUCACGAUGAUGGAGUGAAACACCUGUGUGAGGUCCUAAAACAUCCGAAGUGUGCAUUGAACACGCUUGGGUUGGAGAAAUGCAAUCUGACACCUGCUUGCUGCCAGUAUCUCUCCUCUGUUCUCAGAAGCAGUAAAAGCCUGUUUAACCUGAACCUUUUGGGGAAUGAGUUGGAGCCCAGAGGAGUCAGCACACUGUGGAAGGCCUUGAAAAAAUCAACCUGCAAACUACAGAAGCUUGGGCUUGAAAAAGAGUUGUACAACAUAGUGAAGGGGGAGCUCGAGGAAUUGCAGGAGAGGGGGUCCUUUCUGAGAGUCAAGUAAACCCUGGCAGGAUGCCUUCCCUCUUCUCCACAGAUGAGAGAUGAAGUGACUUUCUCAGUCUCUUUCUCUUGUGAUUUUUAUUGUAUGGUAAGAUGGACAUAACAAAAAUUCACUGCUUAGCCAUUUUAAAGUGAACAGUUCAUUGACAUUAAGUAGCUUCACACUGUUGUGUAACCAUCACCACCAUCCAUCCCUGGAACUUUAUGUCCCCAAACUGAAACUCUGUCCCCAUUAAACACUAAUUCCCCAUUUCUCCCUCCCUCAGCUCCUGGCAACCACUAUUCUUUGUCUCUAUGAAUUUGACCACCCGAGGAACCUCGAAAAACUGGGAUCAUACAGUAUUUCUUUUUGUUGGCUGACUUACCUCACUUAGCAUAAUGCCCUCAAGGUUCAUCCAUGUUGCAGUAGGUGUCAGAACUUCCUUGCUCUUUAGGAAUCCUAUUUCACUAUGGGUAUGGACCACAUUGUGUUCAUUCCUUUGUCAACAGACAGUUGAGUUGCUGACUUUGCAAAAUCUAACUCCUAAGUGGAUGGCAGGGGAGUCCAGAAGUGAAAUACUUGUAUCCUUAAGCUUUCCUCCCACUUACCACCCCCUCUCUUCAGUUGGAGGGUUGGAGGUCCUCAGUUGGAGGAGGGGAAAAGAAGAGAGUCUUGAAAGCCAUAAGGUGCAGCAGGAAGAGGAGGACGGGAGUAGAGUUUGGGGAAGGAUGGGAGAUGCAAUGAGUCAUGCAGGGAAAUGAGAUGAGCAAGGACAGAGAGAUGACCCAAAACUUGGAAGGAGGCAGAAGAGAAUGACUUCAGUAUUUUUGGGGGGACCCUGCUGGGCUUGCAGCUUUGGUUGAUGGAGUGACUUUACAACUUUGCAGAGGCUGACUUGUGGUGUCUUCUCUGGUGUUUCUGUACUUGUUAAUGUUUUGCUUCGACUUUGUCAAUUUAUUCCACUGAACAAGCACGACUCAAGAGACCAAAUCACAAAGCAUUCUUUUUGCCUGACUGUUGAAAUUUACUCUCAGAUGUGAACUCUUUUCCUGUACCUGGUUAAAUACUUGUCCUGGGCCAUUUCUUUUUCUUUUUUUUAAUCAUUUAAUAGUCUCAAUAGCGAUAACUUAACAACCUAGCUCCAUGCCACAAAACUCAAUUUAAACUUUAGGCUCUCCUGAACUGUGAUAUGGAAGCCCUGUGUCCCAAGAAUGGAUGCACUCAGAAAGGUGGAAGGCAAGGGAACAAGGAACGUAGUUACUUGAUUGACACAGUGACAGAUUCAGCAUCUGACCACUGAAGCUGGGUUUUUAAAGCCAGCAUUCUUGGAAUCAGCAGAACCUUCCCAUCAAUGGAGAAAUACCCAUUGGAGCAUCUACUGGUGAAGACAGAUACAUGCUUAGCUCAUCUGGUGGCUUAUUCCUCCCUGAACCCCUACACAUCCCAUGAGACCAGUAGCUUAUGUUGCUUAUAUUUGUUAUAUUGGUUUCACACAUUAUCUACUGUGUAAAAUGCCUUACCGUGCUGGGAUUGAGCUCAUUUCUUCAUGCACAAUCUACCCACCUCCCUUGUUAUAAUUAUCAUCCUUCUAUUGGUGUCUUAUAACCAUACGCACUACAUGUACAUCUCUGGGUGGCUGCCUUAAAUAUUCCUGUACGAGAGAUUUAUAAGGUUGUAGGUUGUAGUGAUACAUAUGAUGUCAAAUAUUAGGAUUUUAGGUGGUUUCUAUCAAUAGAUCAUUCAAAUGACAUACAUAUAUACAAGGCAAUUCUAUCCAGCUAAAGAAACCACUUUUAGAUAUAAAGAGAGCUAUGGUUUACAAACCUAUAUCUCAACCUUUUGGCAUGUGUGUACAUACGUAUACAUGCAUACGCCUUUUUUAACCUGACACAGAAGGCAUUGUAUAUAUGCACUCCAUUGUGUUUAUACAGUGUUAAUCUAUCCGUGUUGAACUAUACACACAUUUCUGUGUAUACAUAUAUAUCACGAGUGAUCUGUUUUCAGUCUAUCCACGUUAGUUUACACACACCUAUCAAUAUGGAUAGGCUAACAAUGAAAAAACAAUGCAUUUGGCGUGGGCUCUUCAUGUAAUUUAAAAAAUCAAGGCUAUUUUGUUAAUGGAUGCAUUUGCAUAUAUGGAAGUAUAGAAAGGGUAUGGAACUUAGUUUCCUGCCAGAUUGCCUGUGGGGUGUCGGAAGAAGGGAAUGAGACAGGUUGGUGGUCAAAAGGAUCUUCACUUUUAGCUGUACAUGUAGGUGGAAGGCUAUGGAUGACUUAUAGCACUUUUCUGGGUGCCUGGGGGGUACAGUCUGUUAAACAUAGAACUCUUCAUUUCAGCUCAGGUCAUGAUCUCCUGGUUCAUGGGUUCGAGCUCCAUGUCAGGCUCUGUGUUGACAGCACAGAGCCUGCUUGAGAUUCUCUCUUUCCCCCUCUUUCUGCCCCUCCCCUGCUCGUUCCUGAGUGCAUGCUCUCUCCCUGAAACAUUUAAUAAAAUAGUACUUUUCAAAUCCCAUCAUGAGGCAAGAGAAGAGAAAGAGCCUGAGUUGGUACACCAGCAGCACAAGCAGAAAAGGGGGACCAGGUUAUACCUCAGGUCCAAUGCUCACAGUAUGGGCAGCACCUGUCCAAGCCAUGUAGGGAAAAGACCACAAUUUCUACAACCCACAUGCUUGCUCUGGGCAUGCACUGGGAACACAAUCUUUUUGGAGAUUUGACAAACUGUUUUAAGAUCUAAGAUUUUAUUGAGUGUCUAAAAUGUCCUUGUGAGACAGGAUAAGAACUUGACCUUGACAGCCUUUCAGGGCUUGCCCAAGGCCACAAAGCAAAUAAAAACCAUAUACACACACA